UUCGCAUGCGUCACAGUCGAUAAUCUUGUGUGUACAGCUAGAAUGAAAUGCCGACUCUCGGGGAAAGAAGGGAGGGGGUCCAUCUCGUUCUUCACGAUGCAUGGGUACUGGGUACGCACUUAUCAGACGGAGGUCGAUCAGUCCUGCCCGAGUGGUCGUGUUGGGCCUUGGCCUGGACUUUCGAGCUAAGAUCCAGUUCAACUCUCAGUCCUUCAUCGGGCCGGUUUGUGUAAGUGCAAGAAGCGUUAACUGUACGCGAUGGAGAGUAGCAUUGCAACUUGUGAUAAUGCACAGUGAUUGGCUAGUCUGGCAGAAGAAUAGAUGCAGAAGCAGUACCAUCACCCUCCCAUACCGUCGACCACUAAGCGAUGUGCCUGCGAGAUACUCUAGAUAUGAAUCUACUCUAAGAAAGGGGAAUCGCCCACACGCAGGCCGGGGCUUCCCUGCUCGUAUCUUGUAUGACAAUCGCUUCCGACCUCCCAAUACACGCGGGCAUUUGAGACGGUGUAAAGGCGAAGAGGCCGCUUCUCGCUCACCUCUUUUGACAAGCUGCUGGGGGGGCCUGGUGGGUCGUUCGGUGAGCUUGACUCUGAACAUGACACGCUCACAUGGGAGUGCCGAUUUGCCAAGAAGCAUGUUGAGCCAAAUCAUGCAGUCUUUAGAGCUCGGUCCUCCAUCGAGAGAAUGCAACGCUUGGUGGCGAGCACGGGUUUGUAUGAUCUUGUGAGGGCUGCAGCAGGUCGUAUCAAGGUGAUUCGCUACGCGUGUUGCUCGGCGUGACCAAUCACACGACGGGAGAUCACAAGGCCCGGCAGGCCCCUGAUCAUUCGCUCACAAGCAAAGGACCCUGGCUCUCACAGGCCUCGCCAGGUGCUUUUCCCUCUUUGGUCUCCCUGCCGAAUUAUAGGGAGCGCCACAAUGCCCCAAAC